GUUCCUCGUUAUUUUCAUCUGCAUAUCGAUGUCGAUGCAACAGUUACUCGCAACCUCGACAACAUGCAGGAUGCAAGCGUCUUUCUGGACAGGCUGCAUCACUCACCCCUCCUAGAAAGGACAACGGUUUCCCACCUCAACAGACCGAUUGACAUACAAUCUUAUACAGAGAAAUCAUUUCUGGAUUGGAUCACAGAACAUGAGGAUGUCGAUAUGAAUAAACACCAAAAGGGUGGCAUAUACACAAAAACCGCGUUUAGGAAAAAACUGCAAUCGAAGAUAUGUGCCGCAUAAUUGAGGCUACCCUUCAAUGCCGCCCUUUUGAAACCGGGCGCGGCCGAGGUGUUAUCCUUAUCGCAGUUGCCCUUAAAAAAUUGUGUGCAACCCGCUUGUCUUUUGCAGAGUUGCCUGUCAUCGUUGCUGAUGGAAUUGAGUACUUCCUUCUGGAUCAAAUUAUGGAUUUCACCAGGAGAAGUAAAUGCGAUAGAAAUGUCAUUCACUGCAUCCUCCAUCCUGUGAUCACAGAUGUGCCUGACUAUGAGGAAGACGAUUCUGAUGAAGGAGGAAAGGAAGUCACAGGGGAAGAUAUGGAUGACGCAUAUGAGCAAGAUUGUGACAACUCCAAUGAAACGGCGAAGCUGCGCGAAGAGAAAAUAGAUCACCAGGACGAGAUGUGGCUGACGAAAAAGAUGAAGGACAGGAUCAUGCGGUCAGUUGCAAAGGCAUACGCUUUUAUGUCUGCUCGUGACUCGACAUUCUACCUACAAGAUGAACAUUUUCUCAAGUCGUUAUAUGCGAUGGCAGAAAAUAUAGGAGAAUGGGCAUCUAUAGGGUUAAGAACAUAUGUGGAGUCGUGCGGCGUACGCCAGACAUCACAAGGGUUGUUGAUUAAUACAGACAUCAGGACGGUGGUCAUGGUAGCCGAAAUCCGCAAAGGAGGAAAAGGAGGAGGAGGAGGAGGAGGAGGAAGAGGAGGAGACGAGGAGCAGGAGGAGGAGAAGGAAGAAGAGGAGAAGGAGGAGGAGAAGGAGGAUGAAGAUGAGGAGAAAUAUGAGGAAAGGAAGGAGGAGGAGGAAGAGGAGGAAGAGGAGGAAGAGGAGAAGGGGAACGACAAUGAGUAGGAGGAGGGGGAGGAAGAGAAGAAGGAGGAGAGGGUUGGUAGCGACACUGUCGACACGGACGUCGACCCUCCCCAUGUGUUUUUUUUUUUUUUUGUCAAUCAAUCAAUCAAUUGAAUCGAUGAGU